AUGUCUCGUAUGUCUGUUCGUUCAAGAGGUCGAGAAUCCAUCUUCGCGAGCAGUGCGGACUACUAUCGUGGCGACGCAGCGGCCAUCUGUAGUCCCAAUCUGCGAGAAUGCGUAUUAGCCAUGGAGGACUGUGCCGAAGAGGCACACGAAGCCCAACAACUCCUACGAAACGGAACCUUUGAUCUGCCUCGGAUGAGCAAAGUCCUGGAGAACCAGCGGGUCUUCCUCUUGAUAGACGAGAGCACUGUAAAGAGGUACAAAGCCGAUCUACGAGACGAGAUCGAGCCACAGGUCACCGAGCUCAUCUCACGGGCCGAAAAAGGCCUCAAAACGCUGCUCAAGAAGGAGAGUACUCUGCAGACAAAAGUCGAGGUGGCCCAAUCGCAACCUGCCUCACGACCAACUGCAGGCGUGGUCGCGUCCAACAAGGUCGAAGGGCGGAAGCUGCAAAUGUUGGUCCGACAGAGAGAGCAGCUCGAGCAGGAGCUGAGAGAGUUGGAGUCAGAAGUCCUGACUCUGGAGGCGAAGACGAAGCGAUGACGCGUCAGGAAGAAAUACCGCUAUUUGUAUACCUAGGUUCAUGUAUCAAC